GCGCCGGCUGAUGAGCCGCGGCGGAGGCGGAGCGAGCUGCCCGAAGAGACCCGCAUCGCAGCCAGAUCGGCCUGUUCUAGCCUGUGGACUAGACCUCUGCCGCAUGGGUGAAAGGAAAGGCGUCAACAAGUACUACCCACCCGAUUUUGACCCAGCCAAACAUGGGUCCCUUAACAAGUACCGCAACAGCCAUCCCUUGCGGGAGAGAGCCCGGAAGCUCUCCCAGGGCAUCCUCAUCAUCAGGUUUGAAAUGCCCUAUAACAUCUGGUGCGACGGCUGCCAGAACCACAUUGGCAUGGGGGUCCGCUACAAUGCCGAGAAGAAGAAAGUGGGCAACUACUACACCACCCCCAUCUACAGGUUCCGGAUGAAGUGCCACCUGUGCCCGAACCACAUCGAGAUGCAGACGGACCCCGCCAGCUGCGACUACGUCAUCGUCAGUGGAGCCCGCCGCAAAGAGGAACGCUGGGACGUGGAAGCCAACGAGCAGAUCGUGGCCACGGCCCACGAGGAGAAGCAGAAGCUGGAGACGGACGCCAUGUACCGGCUGGAGCACGGCUCCAAAGACCAGAACAAGCUGCAGCGAGCGAUCCCCACCCUGCAGAACAUCCAGGAGGCCCAAAGCGCCUGGAAGGACGACUUCGCCCUCAACAGCCUCCUUCGCCAGAAGUUCCGGGAAGAGAAGAAGAUCCUGAAAGAGGAGGAGAAGAAAGAUCUGGCCCUGCAGUCGAAGGCCAGCCUCAGCAUCCCGCUGGUGCCGGAGUCCCAGGAAGACCGUCAUCUGGCCACACUGUUCAAAUACCAGAGUCUUGGCUCCUACGAAGACAAACAGAAGCAGAAGCGCAACGCAAUCGCUGAACGCCCCUGGUUCUCUGUCCCUCAGGCCUCUGGCACCAAAGCCGGCGACACUCUGAGAAAGCUGGGACUGUCUACAAAAUCCCCGGCUGGCAAGUCGCCCUUCGACGUGAACCUCCUGGGCGUCGUGCGCCGGAAAUCCCAAGACAAGCAGGGAAUUUCCACGGAGGAGGAGGAGGAGGCGACUGUGGCUCCCGUGGCACAGGAGAAUAGACGGGACUCAGACGGCACGGCAGAGAGUGAGCCCCCUGGCACUCCUGUGCAGACAGACCAAACAGCCGAAGAAAAACCUCCGUGCGAUUCGGCUGCUUCGCUAGUGGCCGAUUAUUCGGACUCUUCGUCCGAAGCGGAUGCCGAACUAUGAACAGUGGAGUCUGGUGACUCUUCUUAAAAGAGCUGGUGUAUAAAUGGCUGCGUUUUCGGAAUCGGGUAGAGCCUUCUCUGUUUGCAACUGCUGCAUGGGCCAUCUGGGUAGCUGAGCAGAAUACUCCCUGCGUGUUCGCACACACGCAAGUACAUGUGUGUUCACGGGAUGUGCCUUUUGUUUCCUUUCCUUGGGUCGUUCGUUCCACUGCUGCCAAUAUUGAUGCACGACCCAUUCCUUGCUAUCUCUGGCACCGUGCGGGGACCGCCAGAGAGCCCCCGCCUGCUAAGAGUUCGAGAGCCGUGCAACACAGAGCAUCUCCUACUGUGCAAAGCCACCGGUCUGAGUUUGCAGGGGGAAAGGAAUAACCAAACCGAGGAGUUUUGCAACCUGAGUGGAUUACUGUGAGAUGCUUAGACCAGCCCCGAUAACUAGGAAGCCCAGGGAUCACGGUAUGGUGAGUGGGAAACACAGAUUUCCAUGGGCAGUUGGUGAAAUCCCCAGCCCCUAUUUUGUCCACCAGGUCAUGAAACAUCGGGGAAUGCUUGACAUGCAUGAGUUUCGUUUAGUUUAUUAAAUUUAUACCCUGCCCUCUCCGCGAAGGCAGGCUCAGGGCGGCUUACAACAUUGGUCAAAUAACAAUAGUGAUAAAAUCUAAUCUCAUAUUAGUAAUAAAAUCUGUCCGUUAAUAAAACAAUUUAAAAGA